CAGCACACGUCCGCCUGCGUGUCCUAACAUCCAUGUUUCUCUACAUGCUAGUCUUCAUGGCUUAUCAUGGCAGCAGAUGGAUACCAAGGAGUAAGAGGUUAAGAUUUCAAAUACUGAAUGCAGGGUUCACCGCUAUUGUUCUGGCUCCUCAGCUCUACGUCUUGGCGAGGCCCAAAUCCUCCCGAUACUGCAGGCAGCCUCUGCUGAACAACCUGUCGGCCUCCGUCGCCUUGUCCUUCAUAACUUCAGGGUUCUCAGUGAUCUUCACGUUGUUGGACCCGGUUCCUCAGAGCUUGUGGGCGUCCUAUCAUGUGUUUGGGCUGCUCUCAUGUGGACAAGGACUGUGCACUGUCAUCCUGACUCUGACAGCCACAGCAUGUGCCAAGACGACCCCAGAGCUGUACUACACGUCUCUUAUUCUGACGGUGGCCUCUCUUUUCAGCACAGGUUUUUUCACAGUGAGAGGAGCUCGCUGGCUGAGGGACAAGCAGCCCGUGACGGACCUGGGAACAAACAGUGAGCGACAACCCGGUCCAGCUGUUACACGUUGACAUCCGACACUGCACUUAUAAAAAUUUCAUGGGGUUUCCAUGCCAACAGAACUGGUAACUUUAAACCAUGUGAACAAAAACUAAAAAAGCAAAAGGGACUUAAUUUCACCUGAGAAAAGUAUCAGGGAAGCAGAUGUCUUGACUAUCAGAGAGGUUUUGCUUUUAUUUGUUGAUGGUGUAACUGUUCAUAGGAAACAAAUAAAUACACGAUCUACACAGCAGAUUCAGUUUAUAAUUCUAAAUACAUAAUUGCACAUACAAAAAUACAGAUUUGAAUAUAUUUAUACAGCACCAAUAGUAACAUUUAUCCCAAUGGGAAAAGUGUAGCUACAUUAAACAGAAUAUAGAAAGGAAAAUAAAAGGAAAUUGUUUAUAUUGAUGAAACUAACAGGUUGUAAUAUAUGAUAAAAUGCAGAUGUUGUAUCAAAACAUGACCCAUGUUAUCUGAGCGGUCUUAUCCAAAAGGAAACUUGGAAAAUAGCUCUGGUGACAACAAACCUCUGUAUAAAAAUAAACUGGAAAAUCCCACCUGUGCACUUUGUACUUAGUAGUUUCACCGGCUACGUUCUAUUGUUCAUACACUGCAACUGAUCUCUGUCAGAAUCAAUGUUACAGUUCAGAUCUUAUGUAUUGAUCACAAAUCAAUGUAUGAUUUAAACAACUGGGAUAUGAUAAAGAAAAUGAAAAAGACAAAACAAACAAAAUCUUUGUUGGAAAUAAACUUGUUCCUGUGGGUCAA